AUGUCCGUCUUUGACCUUGACCUAGGACAGGAUUCGUUUGCUGAAAUGAUCUCAUCGAGCAUGACAAGUCUUGAGCAGUUACAUAUUGGCGUAGUCUAUAAGGAACCAGGUCACCUCUAUACUGACUCCAGUUCUGGUAAACCUUGGAUCGACAUUUUCACACGUUUCGUUGGGUUGUUUCCCAUAUCUCGCUUGAUCAUCGAUUUUUGCGGUCGGAGAGAUAUUUCUUUUCCAUGGUUUAGCCCCAUAGCCGAUGAGCUUUCUGUUACAAACCUUAAGGUAUUGAAACUUCGAUGGGCUCGUUCCACUCUAGAAAUGAUGCUGAAACUUCUACGAAGACACCGAUGUUUGGAAGAGAUAAUAUUCUUCCGUGUAGAAAUUUCCGCAGAUAAGUCACUUCCGGGUACAGAUGCUUGGAAAGAACUUAUUUCUACAGUCAUGGCCGAAUGGAACGUACCACCCAGAAUAACUUUGAAACAUUGCCUCUCAAACCGAAAAACAAUUGGUCUGGUUGGCGAUGGCUCUGUUGGAAAUGAUGUUGUCAUCAUCAAAGACCGCGAUGGUCCUCAAGAAGGCAUGGCUAAACUUGUUCAAGGAGUCGUAAACAGUUUUCAGCCGAGGGAGUCUUUUCAACCAACGUAUCAGGUCCCAUUAACCGCUGCUGCCCUUUAUUAUCAUAACACGCGGUAA